AUGACGGACGACAGGCCACACGUACUGCCGCGCGCUAAGGGCCGCUCGGCCUCGAUUUGCGCUACGAGUUUGGAAGCUAUUCCGCCAUCCGGUGCUUCCCCGGAAAGUAGCAGAAGAAGGAGACCGGCCGCUCGGUCUCAGAGUGCCAGGUUGACUAACAACAGGAGAUCGGUCAAAAACAGACCAGUCACCUCAACCGCUAACAGUGUCAAAAGCCAGAGUAACAGUGAACCCAAGUUGACUGACGAUAUCACGCCUGAAGUAUCACCACAUAUCAGAAGGAAAGGCUCACAGAGAAGAGGUACUUCCGUUUAUCAAAGAAAGUCUACGGCGUUCUUGGACGUACCUGAUACGCGCUCCAAAAACAAUUUUAAUCCCGAAGAAGAAGAUGAGGAUUCGUACAGAUUGAGAUCUUUCAGUUUCACCUCUAAAGGUUGGUUGAACAUAAAAAUGUUUUGA